AUGGACUUCCCCGACCCCGAGGCGCCUGAGGUGGCCGGCCUCCCCGAUGAUCCUCUGGUGGAGAUCCUCUCCCGCGUCCCCUUCAGAUCCCUCUGCCGAUUCAAGUGCGUCUCCAAGGCCUGGCGCGACCUGAUCGCCAACCCCAUCCACCGCUGUAAGCUCCCCCAAACCCUUGUGGGUUUAUUCUACGAGAUACACCACCGCCGCGAUCGCGACGGGGACGAUGAAGGUGCCGGCGACGAUAACAUUCGUAGCCAUGGCUGGGUGGGGUUCGUGGACCUGUUGGGACGAUCAAUGCCCCUCGUGGAUCCCUUUUUCUCGUUCCUCAGGAAGCUGCAUGGUUCUGAGAGCAUUAGGAUUAUGGAUACCUGUCACGGGCUCCUCCUCCUUGACCGUGGUGGUUAUGAUUUUGAUUCGAUACCUAGCUAUGUCGUGUGCAACCCCGCGACGAAGCAAUGGUUGGCUGUGCCUGACUUCGGCUGGACUCCAUCGCCGUGCAACGGAAUGUCUGUUCAUUUGAUUUUCUGUCCGGCCAUGUCUUCCCAUUUCUACUUGCUCCAGUUCACCGAUGACUUGUUCACCAGCGUGACAUCGGUGCAGAUCUUUUCGUCGAAAACUGGGGCAUGGACUCACAGUGAAAGUGCCUGGAGCCUGGAAGAAAAGCAAGCCCCAUGUGAAAGAUGGCGCUAUGAGAGCUAUAGCUUAGAACCUGAGAGGAAGAGAGCUGUUGUCAACGGCAUGCUAUAUCUGAUCUGUGAUUCACUAGGAGAGGGUCCGCCGGUAUUAGACGGGGAUCACAUCAUUGCCGUGGACGUGGAAGGGAAGACAAGGAAAUUCAUCCCUGUCCCUUUUCGGAUGUGCAAGGAACAGUGUAGUAUCCUGUCUGAUUUUGUUGGUCAAUCCCAAGGCCUUGUGCAUUAUGUCAACCAUGAGGAACCAGAAUACUAUACUAAUAAUGAUGGCCCUUCUGAACGGUCUGCUAGUGAAUAUAAUGAUGAUGAUGAUGUGGAGUAUGAACUGUUCAUCUGGAUUCUUCCGGAAGGAUGA